UGCUAUGCUUAAGCGACUUUGAUAGUUUACUUCCGGGUUUUGAUAUUUUUUGAGAAAACAAACAAAAUGUUAUCUUAGCUCAUAUAGUGUUUGAGGAACGAUAGUGAAGGUUGAAGAAAUGUUUGUGUAUCUUCGACUUGACAAAACUGUCAAACGUUUAACAAAUGUCACACUCCAGCAUUGUUACAAACCAUGUGUUAGUACCUUUACAGAGGAGAGGGUAGAACCUGCUCUGUGGUACAAAGUUUUAGUUCUCGACUCAAUUUUGGUUGAUUGUGAAUUGAGGACAGUGUACAUUAAUUAUGAGAAACAUCAUGAAUCUGAUAUACUCCACAGUUGUCUCCCGGAGGAGCUCAGUACGAAACAGGUUGUGGACUUCUUCAGAAAACGAGAACAAAUCUUCAAAGACAGUGGCUGCUAUGAUUUUGAUCCUACUGUUGAUGAGCUGUUUGACACAGCUGGACAAAUCUUCUAUAACUUGGACCCAGAGGUGAUCGACAAGGAAGGGAACAAUGCUACAUACGAGGAACUGUUGAAGAUGCUUCAUGUAUUUAUCCUGCCAGAGAUAAAAUUUCAGACGAAGGAACGACAUUGCAUUAGCGAUGUUUUACAAACAAUUGAAGAACAGCAUGAAUAUAUUGAAGAUCUUAUACAGAAAAAAGAUAAGACCAAACGAAACACGGAAAACUCACUGUCCAAACAAAGGCAGAGUCUUUUACUUACUGAGAAUUUCUCAAGUGCUAGAUACGUUUCAUCACUUGAUGACACGUUUUUGAGUAUUUUCUUACAACAUUUGGAGAAAGACAUAAGACAGUUAAAUGAGGUCUUAUUAGCGUCAGACAGACAGGUGGGAUCUUUGAGAAAUUCGGUUUCAAAGAAAGAUAUAUCUAAAUUGGAAAGUGCGAGAGCUGAAAGCAAUGAAAUAAAUAGUGCCUUAGAAAGAGCUAUAAUUGCUAGAGAAGAAAUAAAAAACGUGAUCUCCAGGAAACAUGUGAGGAAGAAGUUCAAGAAAAACAGAGAUAGCACUGCUGACUUCCAUGAGCUUUAUGUUGAAGUGACAAAAAGAUUAGAUAAAGUAAAUUCAGAAAUCAGAGAGCUUAUAAUAUCAAAGAUAAAGUUGUCAAGUGUCCGCGAAGCAGCUUUACUCACCUUGAAAGAAAUAGACAGUGACGGGGUUUCUUACGGAUACAAUAGGAAAAAAGGAUCAUUUGAAAUUGAAACAGAUUUGUUUGAUCCAAGUCACAAGCCAGAAGAGUGGGCGACAUUGACUGAACGUGUUAAAACUUACAUGCAUGUAAAACAAGCUGGUUUUCGCUCUGGAUAUGAAAAAUUUUGCUCACAAAUAAAACUCAAGUGCCAGCACCUGUUUGAUGAGUCCAAAAUGUUUGGCAUUUCCCAAGAACAACGUGGUUCACCAGUAUCACCUACAACUGCUCAAUUUAUAAAUACUAUUGGAAAUGAGGCAGUGUCUCGGAGAUCAAAAGUUACGUCCAAUACAGAUUACACUGCAAUAAAGGUUAAAUCAGCCACCAUGGAAAGAAGACCGCGAGGUUACUCCACAAGAUGGUCCAUUGGAUGUGUUCCCAAACACGAAUGUGAAGCUAUUUGCAAGGAAGUGACCAAUCAUAUUUCUGAUGUGGCAUAUGACCUUGCUGUAGAAAUGAAAGGUUCAAGUGAAAUUUUGAAAAGUUUCCAUAGUAAAUUAUACGUUUGUUAUGAGGAGCAUGUCUCCUCUGAGCUAAUGCCAAUUUUGAGCGAACUUUAUGAACAAAGUUACAGAGAUCAGUGUGAAACUCUUGCCAUGUGGUUGGCUAGAUAUUCAUGUGACAUAACAUUCAUGCAAAAAACAUUAACAAGUUUGUUUGAUGGCUCCCCUGAUUCUAGUGAAGAAGAUUCAAGAGAAGUGUCAUUAGAUUUGGAAGAAACUGAGGUCAAGGUUCCUUUAGGCAGUUCUAAGACUGACACAAUAGGUUCUCUUAGCCUGAAAAAUUUAUCUCUAAAUGAGUUGUAUGAUAAGUUUAACAAGCAGAGUGAAGAUAUGCCUCAGAGUUUUGUAGGUGCUCUAGACAUGGAUUACGACGGUUUUCUUGUCAUUGAAGGUGCUGAUGAUAAACAUGAAGAUGUGUUCCAAAAUGAAAACCAUCAAGAUAAUUCUCAUGUGGUAAAUGGAACAGAAGGUUGUUAUAAGGCCUCCUGUGAUGUUAAAUUAGGUGAAAAUGAAUCAGAGUUGGGUGAAACAGAUCUCAAUGGCGAGGCUUCUGGAAAUUCUCAAGUUCGAAGUACACAAGAAAACAUGAUCCUUGGACUUCCAACUUACAGUGAAGUCAUUCUGCGAGAAAAGCAAUCAAACACACCACCUCCAUAUUCCUCCUUUCUCUCUCAGAAAGACAGAUUUUAUAAGGAAUUUGAACAGUUUUUUACGUUAGUCCAUGAGGAAGACAGCGCUUGUACACUGUUUGGAAAGUUACGUCAGAUGACGCGUAUAAACAAGUAUGUUGAAAAUCAGAUAACGAGACUACGCUCAGAGCAUAGCAAAAAUAGCAUAACAUGUACGGAUGACAUUUUGGAUGUGAUUAUAUUGCUUCUGUGCAAACUCGAAUCACCGUGGUUACUGAAGUUGUAUGCCCAUUUGAACCUUACGAUACAUUUAAGCCCACCGUUUAUGCAGGGAAAUGCCCAUGACUACUCUCUCGUAAAUAUUAGCGUCGCGUAUCAGCAUCUGUUUGAGCAGCAAGUCCUUCACAAGUCAGCAGCACCUAUUCCUAAUGUGUGACAUGACCGAAAAUGUGUGACAUGACUGAAAAUGAAAAAUGUGAAACUAUGAUGAUUUUUAUUUAGGCCAGUGUUGAUAUCACAAUAUUCUUGAAUAUGUCAUAUUUUAAUAAAAUGUGUGAAAUAUCUAUAGAAAUGAACUGAGAUUCUGUGAUGUUCAUCAUUGUUAGUUUAGGCCUUUCAAGCAAUAUUGUUUUUUUCCAGUAGCAUGCAAAGGUUGUGUUUUUUUGGUGGGGGAUGGGGGCAGGGAAUUGUUUAACAAUGAAAAAAGCAACACAGACAAAAAGGUAUUAACAUGUAGCGAAAUUAUCAAUCAUUUUUUCAACACAUUAAAACACUAAGGGUCGGAACAAAUUUUUAGGGUAGGUCGGGAUACCAGACACAAACAAUUUUUUAAGUUAACUUCAGUAUUUAUCUCACAAAUAUCUCUCUAUUUAAAAAAAUGUCUGCUUUGAAACACUAUUCUCUCUCAGUCCCUCAACUUGUGCAACAAAUUGUGAGAAACGUAAAAGUAAUGUUCCACUUUGUCUUCUCGCUUGAAGGUUUCAGUGUUCAGCAAGUUAAAAAAAAAAGCAGGUUUUUUUUAUCUAUGUUUCUAUGGAAAUAGUUGUUCUUUAUAUAUAAUUAAAAAAAAAAUAUAUAAACACAUGUAAAGCAAAACAGAAUUAUAAUAGAUUAUAGUAGGAUUAUAUUUGACACUGUGUUUAGACUAAACAUUCUUGUCAUUAAAUUGGUAAAAAUGAUUGUUGUGAUCUGCUGGGCAUUAUUAAAAUUGAAUGUAUAAGUUAAAGUAUAUUAAGUGCUUUUAAAAGUUUUGAUCCUUUUUUUUAGCUCACCUGAGCACGAAGUGCUCAAAGGUGAGCUUUAGUGAUCACCCUGUGUCCGGCGUCCGUCGUCGUCCGUCGUCCGUCCGUCCGUCCGUCCGUCCGUCGUCAACAAUUUGACUGUUAACACUCUAGAGGUCACAUUUUUGACCCAAUCUUAAUGAAACUUGGUCAGAAUGUUACCCUCAAUAAAAUCUUGGACGAGUUCGAUAUUGGGUCAUCUGGGAUCAAAAACUAGGUCAUCAGGUCAAAUCAAAGGAAAAGCUUGUUAACACUCUAGAGGUCACAUUUUUGGCCCAAUCUUAAUGAAACUUGGUAAGAAUGUUACCCUCAAUAAAAUCUUGGACGAGUUCGAUAUUGGGUCAUCUGGGGUCAAAAACUAGGUCAUCAGGUCAAAUCAAAGGAAAAGCUUGUUAACACUCUAGAGGUCACAAUUUUGGCCCAAUCUUAAUGAAACUUGGUCAGGAUGUUACCCUCAAUAAAAUCUUGGACGAGUUCGAUAUUGGGUCAUCUGGGGUCAAAAACUAGGUCACCAGGUCAAAUCAAAGAAAAAGCUUGUUAACACUCUAGAGGUCACAUUUUUGGCCCAAUCUUAAGGAAACUUGGUCAGAAUGUUACCCUUAAUAAAAUCUUGGACGAGUUCAAUAUUUGGUUAUCUGGGUUUAUAAACUAGGUCACCAGGUCAAAUCAAAGGAAAAGCUUGUUAACACUGUAGAAGCCGCAUUUAUGACUGUAUCUUCAUGAAACUUGGUCAGAUUGUUAAUAUUGAUGAUCUUAAGGUCCAGUUUGAAUCUGGGUCAUGUAGGAUAAAAAACUAGGUCACCAAGCCAAAUUAAAUGAAAAGCUAGUUUACACUGUAGAGGCCACAUUUAUGACCGUACCUUAAUGAAACUUAGUCAAAAUGUUAAUCUUGAUGAUCUAUAGCUCAAGUUCAAAUCUGGGGUAGGUGGGGUCAAAAACUAGGUCACUAGGUCAUAUCAAAGGAAAAGCUUGUUAACACUCUAGAGGCCAUAUUUAUGACUAUAUCUUCAUGAAACUUAGUCAGAAUGUUAAACUUGAUGAUCUUUAGGGCAAUUUUGAAUCUGGGUCAUGUCGGGUCAAAAACUAGGUCACCAGGUCAAAUCAAAGGAAAAGCUGAUUAACACUGUAGAGGCCACAUUUAUGACCAUAUCUUAAUGAAACUUGGUCAGAAUGUUAAUCUUGAUGAUCUUUAGGUCAAGUUUAAAUCAGGGUCAGAUGGAGUCAAAAACUAGGUCACUAGGUCAUAUCAAAGGAAAAGCUUGUUAACACUCUAGAGGCCACAUUUAUGACUAUAUCUUCAUGAAACUUAGUCAGAAUGUUAAACUUGAUGGUCUUUAGGUCAAGUUCGAAUCUGGGUCAUGUCGGGUCAAAAACUAGGUCACGGGGGUCAAAUAAAAGGAAUAGCUAGUUAACACUUUAGAGGCCACAUUUAUGACCAUAUCUUAAUGAAACUUGGUCAGAAUGUUAAUCUUGAUGGUCUAUAGGUCAAGUUUAAAUCUGGGUCAGGUGUGUUAAAAAACAAGGUCACUAGGUCAAAUCAAAGGAAAAGCUUGUUAAGACUCUAGAGGCCAGAUUUAUGACUGUAUCUUCAUGAAACUUAAUCAGAAUGUUAAUCUUGAUGAUCUUUAGGUCAAGUUUAAAUCUGGGUCAUGUGGGGGCAAAAACUAGGUCACCGGGUCAAAUAAAAGGAAAAGCUAGUUAACACUUUAGAGGCUACAUUUAUGACCAUAUCUUAAUGAAACUUGGUCAGAAUGUUGAUCUUGAUGAUCUUUAGGUCAAUAGGUCAGGUGAGCGAUACAGGGCCUUCAUGGCCCUCUUGUUUAGUUCACCUAAACCAAUUCAGUGUGUCAGAAUGUUUAUUUAAGAGUUUUAGUGAGCGACUUAAGGCCACUGUGGCCAUCUUUGGUUAUUUUUAUUCUGUUGGAAAGUGUCUGUAAAUUGUAUUUUUAUGAAAAACUUUUUUGUCCUUCUGAGAUGAUGAUGGUGUUCUGAAUUAUGUGAUAGUAUGACAAAUUUAGCACAGUUAACCCUGUUGAAAAUUUAGCACAGUUAAAUAACCCUGUUGAAUUUCAUCAGAAAUAUAGUUUGCAUGUUCUUAAUUAUCCCAUAUCAUGCUGGACAUGAUUGAUUCUGGCUUUGCAACCAGUGUAGACCAUGAUCAAUCUUCACAUCUAUGCUGUCUGAUCAUGGUCUGAACUUUUGGCUAUUCGUCAGUAAAUUUUUAGUUAACCCCCAUUCAAAAGGUAAAUGGUACUGCCCAGAUUGGAAGAUGGACUAGUCCAUUUCAGAAAUUUAGCAUAUUCACAUUUUGGUGGUUUGUCACAUUUAAACAAUAUUUCUGGACACUUUUAACUUCUAAAUUAAAUAAAUGUAUUCUAUAGAAAUUAAUAAAUUUUAAGAAACAAAAAGGCCCAUUACAUAGAGUUAGAUUUCUAUUAGAAAUAGUUUUUCUUGAUUUUUAUCAGCUUUUAUGAUUACACUCUUUAAUGCAAAAGUAUGUCAAACAGUUGGAUAUUUCUUUUUUUUUUAAUGAAAUAUCUAGUUUUGAGUAUGUAUUCAGUAGAUAAGAGAUAAUUCAACAAUCUGGAUUGGAUUAAAAGGCAGGUUUUAAAAUUACAUACAGCUUUUUCGAUUUUAUCUAGACUGUAUAGCCAAGAUAGGCAGAUGUAGGUAGUUAACAUUUCUCAAUGAAUUUCAACAAAAAAUAUACAUGUAGUUGUUUGUGCAAAUUGUUAACAAAUAUAACACAAUAGCACUUAACAUUUACUUGAAAAGAACAUAUUUUCGCUGUGUCAAGAUUUGGCGAAUUUGAAAUUUAGAGUCUGUUUACGAAGUUUAGUAAUAUUCAUGAAAUUGUAGAAAUGGUUUCCGUUGUAACUUGAAUUAGGAUUUUACUAAUUGUGACUAUUUACACAAUGACUGAUUUUCACAAGAUGUAGGACCAGGCGACUAUAGCAAAAAUUUAACCCUUUUCUGCUUUUACCGUAUAUCAUUUCUUAGGCAAAGUAUGUUUGUCAAUUUUAUACAUACGCUUAAAUAACUCUUACCUUGUUUAGGCAACCAGGAUAAGAAAAUCAAGUUUUAGAAAUACCUCUAGUAAAAAUCUGACUUGUUUAAAGUGUCAAGUGGAUACAAGUGAGUUUAAAUGUAUUGAUUAAAUCAAUAAAUGUUAAAUUUCUGAACAAAUCCAUAUAAUGAACAAAAUCUGAUGAACAACUAAGUGGAAAACUACUUUUAACUUUGGGAAGUGUUACAAUGCUUAAUAUGCAGUUUCAGAAUUUAUCUUUUCAUGUAUUUCCAGGCUAAUUGUAUUCUCAAAAACGGAAAAAGAAUUACUUGUGAACAUGUUAUUAUUAUAUGAUUAUUGUCUGAAAAAAGUCAUACAAAAUUUGUACAGUUCAAAAAAUGUCUUUACAAUUGAAAUAUUUCUUUACAAAUUUACCUAAGCAAUUAAAAUGUUUUAAUGGUCAAUCUGAAGUCAAAAUGAAAAGUACUGAUCUAUAAACUAUAUUGAAAUUCCAUUCGUUUUACACUUUUCUUCAAAAUAUCUUUUAUUCCGAUUAUGAACAAAAAUGAAAUAUAUUUGUUAGGUAUUUUUGCAGAGUUCAUGUUCAUUCCAUUUAUCCUUUUUCCUUUUGACCUGACACGUACAUUUUUUCUUUACUCAUACCAGUUUUUCCAUGACAGUAUUUAACCUUUAGCCUCCCUGCGGUAUGUAUAUACUUCUGCCUUUGAUACCAGGUCACGUGUUCAUAAAACAUUUUUCGGUCUCAGCUGAGUUUAAGUUUGAAAUUUUAAUAUCAAUUUUACUAAAACUUCAAGACUUAAUUCCAAAUGAGACUGACCAUCAAUACUGAAAAGUCAUUUGAAAAUGGUUAUAAACUUAAAAUUUAGCUUUAAACAUGCUAUUUAGAUAUAAAACACAAAUAAAGUUGCAUUAUCAAACUCAGCCGAGACUGAAAAUGCUUUGUAAACACGGGGCCAGAGCAGAUCAAGAUCAGCCUGCACAUCUGUGCAGGUUGAUUAUGAUAUGCACUGUUUGCUAUUCAGUUAGUAAAUUUUCACUGAAUACCCCUUUAAAUAAUAAAUGGAACUGCCUAAACUGAAAGAUAGACUACUCCAUUUUAGAAAUGCAGCUGGUUAAAGGUUAAGUAUCAUUAUGCAAGUUUUAUUUCCAACUUAAUCAGAUAUAAGUGAGCCACGCCAUGAGAAAACCAACAUAGUGGCUUUGCGACCAGCAUCCGCACAGUCUGGUCAGGAUCCUUGCUGUUCGCUAACGGUUUCUAUAAAUGCAAUAGGCUUUGAAAGCGAACAGCAUGGAUCCUGACCAGACUGUUUGGGUGCGCAGGCUGGUCUGGAUCCAUGCUGGUUGCAAAGCUACUAUGUUGAUUUUCCAAUGGCACGGCUCAAUUGUCUUGAAUGUCAUUUUUAACCAGAUUUUAUAAUUUUUAAUUUCAUAGUUUUGUAAGUUUUGAUAACUGAUGUUGUAAGUCUGUGUUUAGAGUUUUGAGCGCUUGCAUUCAAUAAACACAUUUGAGCCACGCCAUAAGAAAACCAACAUAGUGUGUUUGCGACCAGCAUGGAUCCAGACCAGCCUGCACAUCCACGCAGUCUGGUCAGAAGCCAUGCUGUUAGCUUUCAAAGCCGAUUGCAAUUAGAGAAUCCAUGGAUGCGGAGGCUGGUCUGGAUCUAUGCUGGUGGCAAAGCUGCUGUGUUGGUUUUCUCUUGGCGUGGCUCAGUGUACAUUUCAGUGAUGUUUGGUACAUUUGUACUAUGUAUUAUAUUUGUAACUGUAAAAUAUUUAAGUGAAUGUAAAUUAGUGUCUCACUCUUUUGUAUACUAUUUUACCUGUAAUUUAUAUGGAUAUUUUGCAAAAUUCAUAUGUCUAUAAGUUUGUACCACUUGUCACUUCUUGAUGCAUUCACAUUUUAUCGAUUUUUUAGAGAAGAUAUUGUUUAAAAGAUGUGAACAUGCUGCUUUAGUAUGUACAAAAAUAUUUUGCUUUAAUGCAGUUUGCAGAACAGAUUAUUACUUUUUUAGCACACCUGAGCCAAAGGUUCAUGGUGAGCUUUUGUGACUGCUCAGUGUCCACCAUGCGUCAUGUGUCCAUCAACAUUUUCUAAAAAAAUCUUCUUCUUGAAAACCACUGAACAGAAUAACACCAAACUUCACAGGAAUGAUCCUUGGGUAGCCCCCUUUCAAAAUUGUUCAAAGAAUUGAAUUCCAUGCAGAACUCUGGUUGCCAUGGCAACAGAAAGGAAAAACUUUAAAAAUCUUCUUGUCCAAAACCGCAAGACAUAGUGCCUUGAUAUUUGGCCUGUGACAUCGUCUUAUGGUCCUCUGUCAAAAUUGUUCAAAUUAUGCCCUUGGGGUGAAAAGAGGCCCCUCCCCGGGGGUCACAAGUUUUACAUAGACUUAUAUAGGAAAAAACUUUUAAAAUCUUCUUGUCUAAAGCCACAAGACCUUGGCCUUUGAUAUUUAGUAUGUUGCAUAACCUUGUGGUCCUCUGUCAAAAUUGUUCAAUUUAUGCCCCUGGGCUGAAACGAGGCCCAGCCCGGUGGGUGAGGGGGGGGGGUGCGGGGAGUCUCAAGUUUUACAUAGACUUGUAUAGGAAAAACUUUAAAAAUCUUCUUGCCUUAAACUGCAAGGCCUAGCCUAUUGAUAUUUGAUAUGUUGCAUUGCCUUGUGGUCCUCUACCAAAUUGUUCAAAUUAUGCCCCUGGGGAGAAAUUAGGCCCUGCCCUAGGAGGUCCCAAAUUAAACAGAGACUUACAUAGGGGAAAAAAUCUUCUUGUCCGAAAGUUCAAGGCCUAGGCCAUUGAAAUUUGGUAUGUAGCAUUGCCUAGUGGAUCUCUAACAAGAUUGUUCAAAUUAUGCCCCUGGGGUGAAAAGAGGCCCCACCCUGGGGGUCAAUUGUUAUAUGAGUUAUAUAGGAAUAAAUACUUAAAAAAAUAUCAGAUCAUAUUUCCUAGACUGUUUAAUUAUAAUAAUUUCCUGAUGAUCCCCGAGUGAUUAGGGGUCACUUGACCGUGACCUUGACCUACUAACCUACUUUCUUGUUUUUUUAAAGAUACAGCCUUGAAAUUUGGAUGACAUGUACAGUUGUGCUCACCAAUCUUAAAACUGACUUUCAGUGACCAUGCAUGAAUGUGACCUACUGAUCUACUUUCUUAUAUUUUAGCAUCAGUUUGGCAUUUUAAACAUGUGGCUCAUAUUACUCAGGUGAGCGAUUCAGGGUCAUCAUGACCCGCUUGUUUAACAUAUGGAAAAGCUUUCAGAUCGUAUGAAUCUUUUUUCUAUUGACAUAUAUUUUAAAUAUCUUAACAAUGGGAGUGUUUUAUGUGAGCUGCGCCAUGAGAAAACCAACAUAAUGGCUUUGCGACCAGCAUGAAUCCAGACCAGUUUCUGUGUUUUCAUCACUUGAUACAUGUGAAACCUGGUUUUACUUGUAAUUUAUACCAUUAAAACCAUAGGUUUAAUGUAAAACUGCAUUUUGCAAGAUCAAAAGGGGUUCAGCAGAAAUCAAGGUCACAGUUACUAAUUGUACAAAAACCUUUUCCUCUCAAUUUCAUCUGUGAUCCUCAAACUUUCCGGGCACAUUGUAAGUGUGCAGUUGAUGAAACUCAUUGACUUUGAGGUUAUCAGGUCAAAGGUCAAGGUCGCAGUUACUGUUAGUACAAAAAAACCUUUUCUACUCAGUAUUAUGAGAAUGAUUUGAAAUUUGAUCCUUGUCAGGUACACUGAUCUUGAAGUUCAUGGAUCUGAGAUUAAGAUGACACAGACUGUUACUUUCACCAUGAAUCUGUCACAGGUUUUAGGAUCCAUGGUCAAAGUUCAUGGCCAUUGUCAUGUAAAGUUAACGCAGCCAUGGCUUUAAUCAAUUUCAAAGUUAUGUUCAAAAGCAACCAAUCAAACACUUGUGUUUUUUACACUUGUCUGGAAACCAUUGACCUUUGACCUGUUCUAGUCUCGUAUGCAUAAUAAUUAAGAAUCCUCAAACAUUUUAACUUUUUGUGAGAUGUAUUAAAUAGUUUGAUAUGCUAUUAAAAUGGAAUUAAUCUGA